AUGAAGAAAGAGACAAGAGAAGGAUCAUACCUCGUCUAUAAGACCAGCUCAGACUAUGCUCCUUAUUCACUAGUGUACAGAUACAAAGGGAGUGUAAUCCAUUCUCCGAUAUUAUCAAGUCAAAGAUCUUCACACGCUUAUACGCUGAAUGGAGUAUCCGCUCCAGUACUUUAUAAACUAAUAAACUAUUACAAUGAGAACCCUAUCAACGAGGACUGUGUCUUAGAAUACCCUAUAGAAGACAAAGAGUCUAAUUUGAGUAAUUGUGCUAUCACUUCUUCUGACUCCACCGGAGAUCCUCUUAAAAACGAGCUCUGUUUCACUAGAGGAACACUCAUCACUAACAUAUCAAGAAGAUCCAAUAAAUGGUGUGUUGGUGAUCAUAGAGGAGAUAGACAAAAGUUCUUUCCAACUAGCGAAGUACGGUUCUUGAAAAAGGACGAACUGCAAUACAUUAAGCAACUGGUAAGUGAAAUAUACAUGCACAUGUACAUUAUACAUGUAUAUGCAGUAUUAGGAUUUCGCUAGAAUUACCAUGUAAUCUAGUGCAUGUACAUUAUGAUGUAAAAUGAUGUCAUACAUGUGCUUCAUGAUGUCACGUGAUGUCAUACAUGUACAUGUACAAUUAGUGUUACAAUUAUCCAGUAAUAUCAUACAUUAAUCACUCAUUGAGACACGUUACUAUUAAUAGUAACACUUGCAU